GGUGUUGCGCGUUUUCGUCAUUCUACAUUUCACAACUUGACGGGAAGGGCUACGUUUCGCACCCGCUACCUCUGCCUUUAUAUGUUUUCUUUAACGUUAAAAAUAUAGCUCAAGGGAAGCCUUUUUCUUAAAUGAGAAGAUGGGUGCUUGCCUGGCGUUGUGUUCUUUGGCCAGCUGCGCGUCCUGCCUGUGUGGCUCCGCCCCCUGCCUGCUGUGUGGCUGCUGCCCCUCCUCCAAUAACUCCACCAUCACGCGCCUCGUCUUCUCCUUCUUCCUGCUCCUGGGGACGCUGGCGUCCGUCAUCAUGAUCCUGCCGGGCAUGGAGACGCAGCUCAAAAAGCUCCCGGGGCUGUGUCAGGGUGGCAGUACCAUCCCUGGGGUGGAGAGUCAGGUGGACUGUGAUGUCAUCGUGGGCUACAAGUCUGUGUACCGCCUGUGCUUCUCCAUGGCCUGCUUCUUCUUCCUGUUCUCCGCCCUGAUGAUCCGCGUGCGCUCCAGCAGGGACCCACGUGCAGCGCUGCAGAACGGGUUUUGGUUCUUUAAGUUUCUGGUGCUGAUUGGUAUCACUGUGGGAGCCUUCUUCAUCCCUGACGGAACCUUCCACACAGUGUGGUUCUACUUCGGCGUGGUCGGGUCCUUCAUCUUCAUUGUGAUCCAGCUCAUCCUCCUCAUCGACUUUGCGCACUCCUGGAACCAGGCCUGGGUGCAGAACGCCGAGGAGGGGAACGGCAGGUGCUGGUUCGCAGGUCUCCUCACCUUCACGGUCCUGCACUACGCUCUGGCGUUCACGGCGGUGGUGCUGUUCUACCUGUACUACACCCAGCCUGACAACUGCACCGAGCACAAGGUCUUCAUCAGCGUCAACCUCAUCCUCACCAUCAUCAUCUCCAUCAUCUCCAUCCUGCCCAAAGUACAGGAGGUCCAGCCCCAGUCUGGUUUGCUGCAGUCGUCUCUCAUCACUCUGUACACCAUGUACAUCACCUGGUCCGCCAUGACCAACAACCCAGACCGGAAGUGUAACCCCAGCCUGCUCAGUCUGGUCACCAACACCACCUCGGCCCCCCCCUCCCCCACCCCCGCUCCGGGGCAGGUUCAGUGGUGGGACGCGCAGGGCAUUGUGGGAUUGGUCAUCUUCCUCUUCUGCACCCUCUACGCCAGUAUUCGCUCGUCCAAUAACACGCAGGUGAACAAGCUGAUGCAGACGGAGGAGGGGAGUGGCGGGGUGCCGGGCGGAGAGGUGGGGGAGGACGGGUUUCGGCGGGCGGUGGAUAACGAGGAGGAGGCCGUGUCCUACAGCUACAGCUUCUUCCACUUCUGCCUGUGCCUGGCGUCACUCUACAUCAUGAUGACCCUCACCAACUGGUACCAACCGGACUCCUCCACCCAGGCCAUGUUGAGCCGGAUGCCGGCCGUCUGGGUGAAGAUCAGCUCCAGCUGGCUGGGUCUGGGCCUGUACCUCUGGACCCUGGUGGCCCCGCUGAUCCUGACCAACCGCGACUUCAGCUGAGCGUCCCUAUACCCCCCAAUACCUAUACCCCAAUACACCUCUCCCUCCUAUACCCUCUACCCAAUUACCCCUACCCCCCUACCCAAUACCCCUACCCCCCUACUCAAUAACUACCCACCUCCUCACCCAAAUCCCUCUAGAACAGGGUACUGACUGUGUGUGUGUCUGUGUGUCUGUGUGUCUGUGUGUCUGUGUGUGUGUCUGUGUGUCUGUGUGUCUGUGUGUCUGUGUGUCUGUGUGUCUGUGUGUGUGUGUGUGUGUGUGUGUGUGUGUGUGUGUCUGUGUGUGUCUGUGUGUGUCUGUGUGUGUCUGUGUGUGUGUCUGUGUGUCUGUGUGUGGGGGCAGUGGAUGAAACCCUGCCCUUGUUUAUUUUGGCCGAACGCCUCUCCUCUGUUGAUGUUUCGUUGUUGUGGCCUUCGGGCCGCUGGCGUGUGGCACGGAGCGGUCUCCAUGUCCUUGACGUGUUUUCGCUUUUAGAGAGAGCAGGCGUGUAUUUGUGACACGUGUGACCACGGAACAGCAUAGGUUUCACACUCAAUAAGAAACUUAAUUAUUGUAUUCAGUUAUUGUAAAUACUUCAUGUUUUACACACAGGAAUCAAGCGCUGCCAAAAACCUUUAUGCACUGAGAGCAGUUAAAUCCGCCGGAACGUCUCCGCUUAGGUCCGUAUGCAAAACCUACAGGAACCUUACUGCUGGAGCAGUGACAGGAACACCUUAAAUCAGGAAAUCUCCACGGUAACCCUCGCCAUUUCUGAUUGGUUCUCUUGCCUGGUUAAGGGUCAGUUGUGGGUUAUCGCUGAGCUGAACGCACGCUGCUGCUGGUCUGGAGGAGGGCUAGAGGGGAGCCCAUGAGCAGCAGUGUUUUGGGGAGAUAAGGCCGGUUGCUAUUUCAGCCCUGACAACAGGCCACGCCCCCGUGCUGCCAUGGCAAUAGAGAGGCCGCUCUUGACUGCAGGGUAAACUGCCCUCGCCCAGGUCUCACCUCUGCCUCUCUCCCCUCACCUGAGAAUCUCCCAGCUCCCCUUUCAGUAUAUGGGGGACCACAUACUACAUCUCCCAUGGUGCUCUGCACCUGCUGGGGCUACAGGUGUGCACUUAGAGGGCUGUAAAGCACAAUCUAGCGUUCUCACAACGGUGCGGUGCUGCGGGAACGUCGCUCCGGCGUUCUGCGAAGCGUUAUUGUCUGUGUGACUGCCCUCCAGCAACACGGUGACGACAUGCAAACUUCAUUCAGCAUCUCAACAUGAAGGUACUUUUAGGAAUAUGGGGUUUUGAAUGUUCACGAAGUGAAAGUAUGCUUUGAAAUCUUACUUGUUUUUUGUUUUUUUUACAUUUGGAGUUUUCUUUUUAAUGACUUUUUUAUGGUAACCUUGUCCUUCACUGAGCACGUGGCCCUGUUGAUUAAGAGGGGUCCUGGGUCCUUUAGGGGCCUGACUGGGGAGUAGGAGGUGACUGGUGUACAUUACAUUACAUUACAUUACAGGCAUUUAGCAGACGCUCUUAUCCAGAGCGACGUACAACAAAGUGUAGGAAGGACAUUCACAAAAUCAUGGUCUAAAAUGUCACUCUCAUUCUCCGUUUGUGGUUUAGUGCAUAGAGAUUGUAUCUUACAUUUACUUCAGUAUGUAAAGUAUAGCAUCUUGACCAAGCUCUGUGAAAUAACGGUAGUUCUACAGUGUAGUGACUGGUCAGGAGGUCUUGCUCUUGGGUUUUGUGAAUGGUCAUUUCGUCCUGUGAAUGCACAUUGGUUCUGCCCAGGCCCUGGGCUGGGAGAAUUAUGCUGUAUUAAUCGACCGUCAGUUAGAAACAAUAUGUAAAGUUAGCAUGUCGGCUAUGAGCUGAGCUAGUAUUCUGUUCUGAAGAUAUUUAACAAUAAGCAUGAGUUCAGUGGUAAUUAGUAUUGUCAGCAUCAAUUGAAUUGAGCGGCUAUUGAAGUAUUGUAAACAGUAAGAGUCAAAAAGUGCCUUUGUACACUGGUGCAAAGCGUGAGGUCUUAACCGGAUCUCUGCACAAAGUGCCUUCUCUUGUUGUUUUUGUACAAAGUCACGAUCGACUGAAGGAUCCUCGAUUAUUUGAUUGUACGUCCAAGUGCAUUUCCAUUUUUCAUGGUGUCAAAAUCCUGAGGACUAAAUCCAGUACUUCUGUUUUUCAAGGCUAAUAAACAUACUCCUUCUGUGAA